AAACAAAAACAAAAUUCAUGGAUAAGUAAUAUAAUUUAAAAAAAAAAAAACUCUUAUCUCUCUCAACACCUUGACCACGUCAGAUCCUAGUUGACUCUGAUCAUUAGGAUGCAAAGCACCGGUACUAGCAACUGCAUCCCUGGGUAAGUAUCGCGGCGGUGACUGGCCAAGUUAAACUAACUCCGACCACCGGCACGGCGGUGACUGACCAAGUUAAACUAAUUACGAUCAACGGCACGGUGGCAUCACUCAGAAAUGAAACCCCCCAAUCUGAACCUCUCAGUUUCACCCAAAGACACCAUCAUGGCUAACAAAGCAAUCACAUACCUAAAACGCCACCCACAAAACCUCCCAUCACUCUCACCUCACUUCACUCCCCAAGCAGCCACCUACCUUCUCCUCACUUCCCAAAACAACAAACCUCUAAUCCUCAAUUUCCUCAACUGGGUUAACUCCAAACCCCACCCUUUCUUCACUCCCCAUUGCCAAACCCUAACCCUCCACAUCCUCACUCGCUUCAACCUCUUCAAAACCGCUCAAACCCUAGCUCUAAACCUCAUCACAUCCUCAAACCACACCACUUCCAUCGUUUUCAAUCUCCUUAAACAAACCUACCACUCAUGUAACUCAUCUUCCGCCGUUUUCGAUUUACUAAUCAAAUCAUAUUCCCAAAUUAACCUAAUCGAAAACGCUAUUCACACUCUCCACCUCGCUAACCGCCACGGUUUCUCCCCGGGAGUGUUAUCUUAUAACUCAAUCCUCGAUUCAAUACUCCGGAAUGGGUCCGACCGGUUGUCAAUUCAGCAAGCUAACCGUGUCUUCAAUGACAUGAUUCGUAACAAUGUGUCGCCGAAUAUAUAUACUUACAAUGUAAUGAUCCGCGGAAUGGUUUCCGCGGGGAAUUUGGAUUCUGGUCUCUGUCUCAUUCGUGAGAUGGAGACGAAAGGCUGUUUCCCGAAUGUGGUGACUUAUAACACCAUGAUAACUGCGUAUUGUAAAGAGAAUAAUCUCGAGGAAGCAUUUGGUUUGUUGAAAAUUAUGGCCAACAAACGGGUUGAGCCUAAUUUGAUUUCUUACAAUGCUGUUAUUAAUGGAUUGUGUAGUCAAGGGAGGAUGAAUGAGACGAUGGAAGUGAUUGAGGAGAUGAAUUUGAACGGCCUGAGUCCUGAUUGUAUUACUUAUAACACGCUUGUGAAUGGGUUUUGUAAAGAUGGGAAUUUUCAUCAGGCGCUUGUUCUUCUUCAUGAGAUGGCUGGUAAGGGUUUGUCGCCUAAUGUUGUUACUUAUACUACUUUGAUUAAUGGUAUGUGUAAGGUUAAGAAUUUGAGUCGAGCGAUGGAGCUUUUGGAUCAUAUGCGUGUUAGGGGACUUAGUCCUAAUGAAAGAACUUUUACAACUUUAGUUGAUGGGUUUUGUAGGCAAGGGUUAAUGAGUGAAGCUUAUAAGGUUUUGAGUGAAAUGAUUGAUAGUGGAUUUUCGCCUUCGGUUGUUACUUAUAAUGCAAUUGUAAAUGGAUUUUGUUUCUUAGGGAGGGCUGAGGAAGCUGUUGAAGUUUUGAAGGGUAUGGUUGAUAAGGGUUUGUUUCCUGACGUCGUUAGUUAUAGUACUGUUAUAUCUUUGUUUUGCCGAAAUGGGGAGCUGGGAAAAGCUUUUCAAAUGAAGGUGGAGAUGAUUGAGAAGGGCAUAUUGCCUGAUGCUGUGACGUAUUCGUCGCUCAUACAAGGUUUAUGUCAACAAAGGAAACAAUCAGAAGCUUUUGAUCUUUUCCGAGAGAUGUUGGGGCGAGGUUUAUCGCCUGAUGAGGUUACUUAUACUAGUUUGAUGAAUGGUUAUUGUGUUGAAGGUGAAUUGAGUAAGGCUCUUGAUUUGCAUGAUGAAAUGAUGCAGAAUGGUUUUUUGCCUGAUGUUGUUACUUAUAGUGUACUUAUUAACGGACUUAAUAAGAAAGCUAGGACAAGAGAAGCUAAGAAGCUUCUUCUGAAGUUGUUCUACGAUGAGUCUGUACCAAAUGAUGUAACGUACAAUACUCUGAUAGAAAACUGCAGUAAUAAUGAAUUUAAGAGUGUGGUAGGUCUUGUCAAAGGAUUCUGCAUGAAGGGUUUAAUGGAUGAAGCAGAUCGGGUUUUUGAGACAAUGCAUCAGAGGGAUUUUAAGCCUGAUGGAGCUGUCUAUAAUUUGAUGAUACACGGACAUUGUAGACGUGGUAAUGCUCGUAAGGCAUAUAAUAUGUAUGCAGAGAUGGUGCGCUGUGGUUUUGUUUCUCAUAUGGUGACUGUAAUUUCUCUCAUUAAAGCUCUAUCAAAAGAUGGGAUGAAUGAUGAGCUGAGUUCGGUAAUGCAAAAUACAUUGAGCAGCUGUACGGUCAAUGAUGCCGAGCUACCUAAAGCACUUGUUGAAAUUAACUUUAAAGAAGGUAACAUGGAUGCUGUUUUAACCAUGCUAACGGGAAUGGCCAAUGAUGGCUUGUUACCUGAUGGUGGAGAUUAUUCAUGUGCUUCAGCAAGUGCAUAGUAGUAGUUUCUUAUGUUGUGUGUUGUAAUGAAUUACCUACAUUUUGGACCGACAUUUCCUGCAAACAUCCAGUACUAUUGUUCUUGGAGACUUGCAGCGGGGAAAUGUAAUUCCUCCUUGAUACGAGAGUAAUUUAUCCGCAAUUGUCAAAUAUCACCUUGACCAGGUUAAUACAACUUCCUUAUCUAUCUCUAUCUUGUAUGAAUUACUAACACAAUUUACUUUCUAGGUAUUUCUUAAUUGGGUAAUCUUUUUGAAAUUUUAAUUUAUUCUACUGUUUUAAUUUAUUACACUAACCAUAGGGAUGCCGUGGAAAAGUUAUUUUGCUCUGAAUCAAAUCAAAUUUUAUCAGAUGGACCAAUGAUUCCAUUUCACUCUAGUUCUGAUUCCAUUACCUCAAAUGAUGCUCCACUAAACUAAAUAUGACCUUGUUUUUGUUUGGAUUGUUAUAAAUCAUUGAGUAUGAAGUAACUUGCUUAUCAUAGAGAGACAAUGUUUCUUUGAUUAUGGUCAUUGUCUUAGGUUUUAUUGGUUUUGUAUUUUCAAUUGAGACAAUAUGAUUGGAUCAAAAUGUUUGAUAUAAUUUGAUCUUAUUGACCAAAACAGAAAAUCAAUGUUCUUCUGUAGUUUCUAAUCUACUUUCAGGUUGUAUUGAAUUAUGUAUGAAUUUUGAUAAUUUUUUAAAUGCUGAACUUGAGAAAGUAUCUGGGCUUAAUCCACCAUUUAUGGCACAUGACUUCUAUAGUUUGCUAGUUUGAUCAAAAAAUGCUCUCAAAGCUACAAAAAUUUAAUGCUUCCUAUUGUGUCUUAUCAUUUUUUGUGUGGUUCAUAACCUACUAGAGGGAGCUUCAGACAGACAGGGGAAUGUUAUUAUUGUUGUCAACAAGUCGUGGUAAAGGUCAUAUUAAAAAUUUAGGUUGAUCUCACUUUUUUCCCCUCUAAUGUUUCUUUGUUAUUUUACAAUAUGAAGUGCACACGGAAAUGGGGCGUUUUGCUUGCAACUCUGAGGUAAUUUCUGGAUGAAGACUCAGAUGACACAACAUAUCCGACAGAAAAUGGGAUGCCGAAGGCCUUGAAAAGGAUUUGGAUGCAGAGGAGAAUCUUAUAGAGAAACAGAAGUUUCUUGACCGUCAAUGAACUUCUGCCAUAGUGAAAAAGAAGCUGAACCCGUUCUUAGCUUUUCGGUAACAUUUGAGUUCCCUCAAGAUUAUGAAAUCAACAUUGAGAAUGAUGAUUUUCGUUUCGAUGUUCGAAUGUGAACCGUUGAGUAUCUCUAAAUACAUAAGAAACUCAAAGAUGAUGAGUAUUAUGUUCUGAGGAUGAGGGAUAACGGUGGAUCAUGUUAGAAUAUUAUAAAGUUAGAAUCUUAUAACAGAUCAAAACAAAGGAGAACAAUGGUGGUAGUAGCCAACUUUUAGUUAUUAUGGAUAAAUGUUAGGUGUUAGUAUGUUAUGCCACUCACUCGAUUUCAAUGUCUACUAUUUUGUUUCACAUCA